AUGUUUGUCCUCUUGUUCUUCCUCUACGCCUAUGCCUCUGUGGCUGGUCUCAUUCUGUACACGUUACUCAUGGGUCCGACAGAUUUCCACAAGAAUGGACUCAUUGGUAAAUUUUACAGAUUUCUGGUGAGCGUUCCGAAGCGACUUUGUACUUGUUGUUGUGGAAGUGAUUUUUUGAGAAGAGCUGAAAAGUAUUUCCUUCACUCUCGAAAUCCAAUCUUACAGCUCGUUUACCUUUCUCUCCUCUCUAUCAACGUUGUACUCUAUCUUUUCACAGUUUUCAAAGCCAUUCCUAAUUUAUACGUUCCAGCUUACCAUCGUUAUACUGGUUUUGUUGCUCUCGUAUUGACCUAUUUUUCCUUCCUGAAAGCUUCCUUUUCCGAUCCUGGAUUUAUCAAAAAGACAAAUGCCAAACAGUUCGAAAAAUCAUUUCCCUUCGAUGAAGUCAUGUACAUUUCCGAACGAAAAUGCACCACAUGUGAUAUUAUCCGACCUGCUCGUUCCAAACAUUGUCCACUUUCUGGCAAAUGUGUUGCAAAAUUCGAUCACUAUUGUGGAUGGUUGAAUAAUGAUGUUGGUGAAUUGAACUAUCGAUGGUUUCACUUGUUUUUAAUUUCAAAUUUCUUACUCAUUGUUUAUGCUGUUUAUGUUUAUGUCAUGACAUUGUGGAGUGUGGUGGAUGAGGAAAAUUUAUGGAAUGUUUCCUUCAUGACAAGUACAGGAGAACGAGUGAAUGCCAGUUUGUCCAUUAUUUUGCAGUACAUGCUCGCUCGUUACAUUAUGGUUGUGGCUCAAUUAUUAUUUAUUGCUGCAUGUGGAUUGAUGAUUUUUGGAUUUUGGGGAUAUCACUUUUAUCUUGUGUGUACAAAUACCACUACCAAUGAAACAUUUAAAAAGAAGGAUUUGGAACAAUUGUGGGAUAUUGUGACAAAAUAUGUCGAGACAAGAAAGAAAAAAUCGAAUAUUGACGUACAAGCAUUAUAUGAUGAAUUGUAUAAGGAAGAAGAAGAGGCAAACGAAAUGAAGAAGGAAGAACAUCAUGACGAAGAACACAAAAAGACUGAAGAAAAAAAGAAACAAGUUCGAAAGGAAUGGAAAAUGAAGUUACUCGAAAAGAUGUGUGAAAUGGCUCAACAAAAUAAGAAGCUUAAUUUGAGUUUUUACAAUCGUGGAAUUUGGAAUAAUAUUAAGGAAGUUAUAUUUCCACCUGCACUUUAUCACAAGCCAAAGUUUUUUGAAAAGUGA